UGACGCUCUUCCCGUCUCAUUUUCCGAGAAAACAAGAGAAGGAAAAAAGAAACAGAGAGAAGAAGAUGGACGGAUACGAGCGCGUGAACAGCAAGGGCGCCAGCAAGGCGGAUCAGAUAGAUCUAGAGUCAGGGGAGACUCUUUACCCGGGAAUCAGCUACGGCGAGAACCAGUUGCGAUGGGGCUUUAUCCGCAAGGUUUACGGCAUCCUGGCGGCACAGCUGGUUCUCACCACCGUGGUCUCCGCCUUUGUGGUGUUGUCGGCUCCGGUCAACGAGCUCCUUCGCGGAAAUUCUGGCCUCUUACUCUUCCUCUGUUUAAUCCCCUUCAUCUUGUUGUGGCCCUUGCACGUCUAUCACCAAAAGCACCCUGUGAACUUGAUCAUCCUUGGCCUCUUCACUGUGUCACUGAGUCUCACAGUUGGUGUGAGCUGCGCUAAUACUGAUGGAAGAAUUGUGCUUGAAGCUCUAAUUUUGACGGCAGCUGUGGUUACAUCUCUUACUGGCUACACUUUCUGGGCAUCUAAGAAGGGCAAGGACUUCAGCUAUCUUGGCCCAAUUUUGUUCACCAGCCUUAUUGUCCUCAUCCUAACUGGUCUAAUCCAGAUGUUCUUCCCACUUGGCCCAACAUCUGUUGCAAUCUAUGGUGGAAUUAGUGCCUUGAUUUUCUGUGGAUACAUAGUCUAUGACACUGACAACCUGAUCAAGCGCUUCACAUAUGAUGAUUACAUAUUGGCCUCUGUCGCUCUCUAUUUGGACAUCCUGAAUUUGUUCAUUUCCAUUUUGCGGGUGCUGAGAUCUGGGGAUAAUUAGAUGUACUGUAUUUCUCACAAGGUGAGAUUGGCAAGAAAUCAUAUGGCCAUGGAACUAUUGUGUGAAGAAUAGGAAAAGUAUUAAUUUUCUAUAUAGUAUAUUCUCUCUUGUGGUUUUGUACCAGCACUAGUGCUGGCUGCUCCAAUUUGCAGUUUCUAACCUGUUAAGUUUGUGAUAUGCGGUUGCAUAAUUGGGAUUAUCCCAACUUUACUAUUGCAUUUCUCUUCUUGUUUGAUAUCA